GCUCUCCUGAAGCAUUCUCUCUCAUACCCACAGCUUGAAGCCUGCCUCCACUCUGUUGAUAGAUACCACAGAUGAGUUGCAGUAUCUGUAUGCUGUACUGGAGGGAAGAGCUCUGUUUUACCUUUGUUUUGUUUUGUUUUUUCAUCUGGGAACAAUAAUAACACCCUUGCACCUGUACUUUAAGAAAGCGAUGGACUUCUAAAAGAAACAAUAAAAAUGGGUGAAACCUUCAGAUUUUUCCUUAAAACCUAAUUUCUGGAAAUGGACCCGGUUUUCUUGCAGAUUGAUAAAGAUGACAAGAUUUAUCCUAAUGAGCUCGACCAUGGGAAACUGAGGAUGAGAAAGAGGAUAUUCUGGGACUACCCGCUUCAACUCUCCUGGAUGAUGGAUGGCGAGCCUUUCACUUCCACCGUCCUACCAGCAGGGGAUGCUAUCCCCAACACAGGCAUGACCCUGGAGCAGAAGACUACGUUUGCCUUUGUCAUUUUGCUCUUCAUUAUCCUGGGGAUUCUUAUUGUCAGGUGCUUCCGGAUCCUGCUGGAUCCCUACAGGAGCAUGCCCACCUCCACCUGGGCUGACGGGCUGGACGGCUUGGAGAAAGGACAGUUUGAUUACACUUUAACAUAACACCCAUGUGGCCUUUGACCAUGAAUGUCAAGCAGUCUAAAACUGACAAGACUGCUCUGCACUUUGUAAGACUUUGUUUACAUGAGGGUGGCAAACCAACGCCUUCUUCUAUAAACCUCUUUACCCAUCCUGGGAAGAGGCUUCGGACAGACAAUGAGAUGUGCUUUUUAGCAGUUGGAUGAUUGCUCCUACAGGGUUUUUCCGCUUUUCUAACAAAUUAAAUUUUUUUAAAUGUUGCUUAAAGUUAUAUAGCUAUCAAAUCAGAAUCCACAUUCUAAGGCAUGAAACAAAACAAUGCCUCCCACUAGGCAUUUCUUUGUUAAAUGUGUCCAGACUGUUAGCAACUUUUAUAUGAAUUUGUGGAACAUAGUAGAGAAAACAACCUUUAUAUUUUACUUUGCUCCUAUUACCUGUCUGUAUUUCAAAUGUAAAAUAUUAGUGCAUUUUGAAGUGUCAUCAAAGUUUCACCAAGGCAACAGCACACUGCAUUAGGUUACUGUACUGUGAUUAACAAAGCUUGCUUUAUGACCUCACUACUGUUGAAUAUCUUGCUCAGAAUUGUGCUUGAAAUGCCUUUAAACUCCUGUGUGGCUCUUUUCAUACUACUUACUCUACUGUGUUGAGUAGAAUUAUCUCAUUAGUCAAUGAAAAGGUAUGCAUGUACGCCGAGUAAGAUGCAACGUUGACUACAGCAAGGCUAGUUAAAAAGAUGACGUUUUAGAUCAUUCCCGCAUUGAGCCUUUAGUUAUGAUGAGGUUUGUUAUAGCUGGUUGAGGGCCUGAUUGCUGCUGUCCACAAAGGAAAAAUUUAAAAGAAAUACAAAUUUAAAAGCUGCUGGGCUAUUACCAUGAUAAAUAAAAUUACCAAACUAGAUAGGCAAACUGAACGAAACAUCUGUGCAAUGACUGUAAAGCACAAAUGGGGAAAAAUAAAGAAAAAUAAAGGUAGAAAAUUAUAACACUGCAAAACCUGAGUUUCAUUAUCUGAUGUACUGUGCUUUGGUGCCUUCUUUAAAUUCCAGUAUCAUGGUAAGGAUCCAGAUUCCGAUGUCAUCUCAUUACAAUUCACUGCAUGCCCUUCUAAUGUUCAGAAAAGAGGAAUCUUCAGCACAAGUGGUCUUUUUACACAGCAAAGAACAUUUUUCAUGUUAAUUUAAUGGAUCAUCCUCAUAGUGAAACCAAACUUUUUUUUUUAAUAGCUUAAUAAGACACAGUUGUGAAAUACAUAUUUUUAAAGGUAUUUGCUGCUUUGCAACUGUAAUAUCUAAUUUGUAUUGUUUUUGAAUGAUAUCAUAAAGAAAACCAAAGGGAAAUUAAUAUUACAGAGUAUGGUGUGACUUACCGGCCUGUUUCCUGUAUGUACUACAUCAGACAUAUUGUGUACAAUAUGAUGCCUAUUGUCUUUGACCAGAUUUACAACUUAACAUGAUCCCUACUAAAAUUGCUCAUGUAUGUUUUUUUCUUUUUAAUUUUUCUUUUUUAAUUUUUUGUUUGUUUGAAGGGAUUAGCUCCUUGAAGUGUUUUUCAAAGACACUUGUCUGUUGUAGAUAAGGCUUACAAAUCAGCACAUUUGUUAACCAUCUUUAAUUGUGGAUCAUCUUACCAGGGGUUGAGUAACCGGUACUGGGAUUUAAGUCGAUGGUUUUCUAAAUGACAAAAUAAUAAAUAGUUUUUUUGAGGGCUGUAGGGCUAGAUAUUACUAAAAGUUCAAUUUCAAGUCGUAUUAAGAAAAUCCCGAUGGUGAUGAUAAUCAGUUGCUGAUAAAGAAAAUGAAAUACUGUUUGCAAGAAAAAGCUUUUCUAUUUUCCUAUUUUGUGAGAAAAAAAGAUACAGGGCUAGCUACUGAAUGUUCAGACCAUCACAUCACAAAUAAAAGUAACUGCAGAUAAAUUGCACAACUUCUACAGAUGCAUACCAGAAGGUCAGAUGUCAGUGAAAUUACUCAGAGGGAAAGCUACAGUACGUAUAGAUUCAGCAUACCGUAGCUGACUGAAACACAAGGGUUUUUUUAGCUGGUUUCAGGUUCUAUCUCGUAGA